AAAAUGGAAGAGAACAGGGAUCUUAAAAUAUUAGUAGUAGGAAAUUCUAGUGUUGGUAAAACAAGCUUGAUUGUUAAAUAUAAAACUAAUCAAUUCUCCCCAUAAACCAGUGGAACUAUGGGAGUAGAUAUGUCGAUUGAUAAGAAUGUGAAAAUUAAUAAUAACUUAUAUGAUGUUGCUAUUUGGGACACAGCUGGUCAAGAGAGAUUCUAAUCAAUAGUGAAAAUUUCAUCCUAAGUACUUUUAGUUCAUUUAAUCAUAGAAUGCACAUGCUUCUUUAAUAUGCUUUGAUUUGAGUGAUCCUUUGUCAUUAGAUAGCGUUGCAUCUUGGAUUUAAUUCUUGAAAUCUGAAGGACCUUAAAAUCUGCAAAUAAUAAUAGUGGGUACUAAAAAAGAUCUACAGGUUUAAUAUACAUAAGAUUAAUUAAAAUAAAUUUCUACAGCUUGGAAAGCAAAUUUUCAAGACGAAUUUCCUAUUCAUUUAACAUCCUCAAAAACAGGAGAAGGAAUUUAAGAUGCUUUUAGAUAGGCUUUUGAAUUGGGAGCCAAAGCUAAGUACGAUUUAAAUGUCUAAUAAUAAUAAUAAUAAAGCAAUAAUAAGAGUUUUAAAAUAAGUACCUCUUAGUUAGUUAGAAGUUAACAGCCUUCAAAUCAAAAAACAGAGGCAAUAAUUUCUAAUACAACCACUCUAAGAGAAAGUUAAAUGAAUUUUAAUGACAAUAAAGCUACUCAGCAAGGUUGCUGCUGA